GUUUCGUCGCACCUUCGUUGCCUGCACGUUGAUCGACAUAGACUGUCGCUACGUUCCUCCUACAUUCAUUCUCAGUGACUACCAAACUCACUACACUUUCGCUUCUACGCCUCCAACAACUUCUUGCCGGACCGGAUCCUCCCCGUAAUCAACAUGAAGUCUUUCUUCGCUAUCGCCGCCGGUCUCUUGGCCGCUGGCUCUUCCGUGCUCGCAGCUCCCACAACUGGUUCUGAGGGCUUCAUCAACAAAUACGCCCUCCCAGCAAACCACUCCCUUGAGACCAAGGAGUACAUCAUUACCUGGUGGCGCAACGACACAGACCACAGGGUGAUCGAAAACUACCUAGACAAUCUAUCGCUCAAGUCGGGAGAUGUACUCAAGGCCGAAUCCUCACCGGGUGUAAACCCUCAGUGGGCCGUUGUCGAGAUGUGCGACGACCACGCCAAAAUCUUCAAGGAGCUGGCCGAAAUCAACGUUGUAGAAGAGAAGGCCGAUGUCAAGUCUUUCGCACAGCAGCAGGGCGCUCCCUGGGGUCUGCAACGAGUCUCGAGCGCAGCCGGCGCUACUGGAUCCCCACAAGGCCAGGACUUCGUUUACUCUUUCGACGAUUCAGCCCUCGGUGCCGGUGUUGACAUCUACGUUAUUGACACUGGUGUGCGAACCACCCACGCUGUCUUCACUGGACGCGCUACUCAAGGUUUCACUGCUACUGGCUCUUUUGUUGAUGGUGAUGGUCACGGUACUCACGUUGCUGGUACUGCUGGUGGUGCAAAGUUCGGUGUCGCCCAGGGUGCCAACAUUAUCGAAGUCAAGGUACUUGGAGAUGACGGAUCUGGUGCAUCUUCCGACACCAUCAAGGGUAUGGACUGGGUUAUCGCCAACCACAACAAGCGCAAGACCCAACCCGGUUUCGUCGGUUCCAUCAUGAGCAUGUCUUGGGGUCUUCAGGGUACCGCCAACUCAGUCGACGAGAUCAUUUCUGGUGCUUCAGAGGCUGGCAUCCACGUCUCGGUCGCCGCUGGUAACGAUGGUAUCGAUGCUUGUGGUAGCACUCCCGCUCACCUCGGUGGCAAGAACUCCAAUGUCGUCACUGUCGGUUCCAUUAACAUCGACAACGAGAUCUCAUCUUUCUCCAACAUUGGCCAGUGUGUUGACAUCUAUGCCCCCGGUGAGCAAAUCUUGAGCUCUUGGAGCACUGGCGACGCCGUCAUCAACUUCCUCUCUGGUACAUCCAUGGCUUGCCCUCACGUCACUGGUGUAAUGGCCACCCUUAUGACUCAAGACGUUGCCGGUCUUGGUCAAAACCCUGCUGCCCUCAAGGCUAAGCUCCUUGCAACUGCCCGCCAGGGCGAUGUCAAGGGCAACACUGGUGGAAGCGCAAACUUGCUCCUUAGCAACGGUGUUGACGGAGCUGUCAAGCGUCUCACCAAGAACUACGUCCUACCAGAUCACAGCGGCUUGAACGGUAGCCCAGCUGCUCGCGCCGCUGCUGCUGUCAUGGUCAAGGAUAUCACCCUCGACAAGCGCUUCCAGCUUCAUUCCCGUGAGGCCAAACUCCGAUUCUAGAGCGAGCAAGAGAGCAUCACAUGAGUGCAUAGCAAUUGCAUGAUACCCCUCAUUGUUGGUACCUCUUCCGAAAAGUUUCCACGACAUUUCUGUCUCAUCUUUGGGCUCUUCUAACCGCCCUAUAAUAA